AUGGAUGCGGAAGCCAGCAUCUCUGAGGACAUUGCAGACAUCGGCAAGGUGUCUGUCGAGUGUGCAGCAGCAGAGUGGUUGGAGGUGGAGGCGCCGAAACCUCCAGACCAGGAACUCUAUCAGCUCUUGUCCCACGCAGCGGAGAGCGGCGAUCUGGAGAGCCUUCUUGAAGUCACCGAUGCCCAUCUCACCGAGCUCAGCAGCAUCAAUGCGGCCUUUGCCCUAAUACAUGCUGCUCGGAUGCUGCAGGCAGACCAUCCGGGCGGGGACAAGCCUCACAGUCCGAAGCUGCUGAACCUGAUUCGACACGUUGAAAACAUUGUGAUGGGUGAAAAGCACCGCUUAUCAGCUCAGCUCCACCUUGAAGGCACAGGGGCCGAAGCUGCCGAAUCUGAGGACUCCUCCUCCGAGGCGAUGAAGGUGGAGGAUCACGGCCUCCACAUGGCAUGGACAAUAUCUGUGAUAUGCUGGGCUGUAGGUUUGCUGGGUCAUAAGAACGAGGAGUUGCUGGCAUGCCUAGCUAGUAUGGUAAAGCCGCUGCUCCCGCACCUCAGUCCUCAUCAGUUGCAGAAUUGUUUGUGGGCAUUUGCCACCCUUGGAAUGAAAGACUCGGGCCCAUUCUUUGGGGCUGCUGUCGAAACAAUUGAACGUCGUAUAAAGCUCUUCAGUCAUGAGAGCUUGGUUGCCAUCCUGACGAGUUUCGCAAUGGUGAAGGUCUUGAAUGCCAAUCUUUUCGAUGCAGCUGCGAAUGUCCUGGCGAGCGCUGGAGACACACUCCGUCCUCAGGACAUUGCCAACUGCACUUGGGCAUUUGCGAUCUUGCGGCAUCCACAUCCAGAAGUGUUUUCGGGUCUGGGUGCAUCUGCGGCAAGGAGACUCCAUGAGUUCCGACCGGAGCAGGUGGCGGUGCUGGCCUGGGCCUUUGCGCUGGCGCGCUGGCGUCUGGAGAGGCUCUUCGAGGCCAUCCAGAAUGAUGUCGUCGACCGGUACAAGGAAUUCACUCCCGACAGCUUCGCCAAUGUCCUCCAAGCCUUCGCCCUCGUGGGGCAUGAAGGAGGACAAGUAAUCCUGGAGGUGGCUGCCUCGUUUGUCGCAGCCAACAUCUCAGAGUACAGCGGCAAGGCUCUGGCCAAGCUAGUCUAUGCAAUCGGCAAGACACGUGGACCUGCCAACGGCGUGUUGGUUGCGAUCCUUGCAAAGGAGUUCCUCGAGAGAAUGGACACACUGUCACUGUCUCUAUUGGCUGCAGUGCUUCUGGGGUUCUGGAAGGUGCCAGUCAACAAGCGAGACUUUUAUUGCCAGGCUGCCUCCAAGGUUCAAGCAAACCUGGAGCACUUUGAGACUCCUGUUCUUGUUCGUUUGCUCAAGAUAUUCGCAGCAGCGGGAGCCAUAGAAGCAACGUUUGCGCAGGAUAUCGUCGAGGAGGCACAGCGUCGCAUGCCGAAGCUGCGAGCGGCCGAGCUGGUUGUUCUUGCAAAGACGUUCCUUCAGAUCGGCCAAGCGUCGCCGUCACUGUUGGAAACUUUAGCGGAGCAUGGAGACAAAGUUCUGCCACAGAUGUCGCACAAGGAGCUUGCGAGCUUCCUGCGCUCCCUGAGUGGGCUUGGCCUGACUUCUGCCUCGACAAGUGGCGAAGCCUUGUUCAGGCAGGCGGCCUCUAAGGCCACUCGGCACCUCUUGAGAAGCAAGGAUGAUCGCCGAUCCUCUGUGAAGUCCUCUGACCUCGCAUGCUUGUCCAGAGUCUUUGCUCGUGCAGCAGCUGCCACUGGACCCCUCGCAGACAAGUAUCAGGCGUCGGCGGAGCCCCCUUCAGAGCUUCGCGAGGCAAUAAACACAUUCCUGCACGCGGCAGUGCGAGAGGCGCUGCAGCGCUUGGACGAGUAUCAGGCUUCACCUGCCUGCUUAGUCGGCGUGCUUUGGGCGGCCUCCCAGUGCGAAGCGCAGUGUGAGUCUCUGGUUCAGGCGGCCAUCCCCAUACUGCUGCCUCCCGAUGCCGGAGGUUGUGACAACCAUCUCCACAGAUUGCAGCUGCCCGAACUUGCAGAACUGGCCCAGGCGCUCACCCACCUUGGAGUGGAGCGGGUGGAGCUGUACAGGGCGCUGGCCGAUGUUGCAACUGCAUGCAUGAAGGAGACUGAUGAAGCUGGAGCUCCAGUGGAGCAGCUUGUGCCUGCUGCGGAGCUCCUCUGCCUUCUGGCGACCGCCGGGAUUUCGGCCUCAGCGCUUGCAGUUGCCACGGCUGACAAAGUUCUGACAGUCCUCGACCAGGCUGACAGCGGAGAGAUCAAGCUCCCGGCGUGGGUCAUUGCUCGCUGCAUCGCUGGGCUUGCCAUGGUUCCGGAAAGGGGGGGUCGCGUGAUCCGCGCCUUGAAGCUCCUGGCAUGUGCUGCGACGGCCCGCGUGGUGGAGCUCCUGCCAGAGGAACGUGCCCUGAUCUUUUGGAGCCUAAGCUUGCAAAGCUGCUACGAGGACAUUUUUGGAGCAGUUUUGGAUCAGACGCCGUGGACACUUUGGGCACCAAAGCCACAGGAGGAGCUGGUGCUCAGUGGCACAGGCUUCGUUCCCACACCAAAGCUUGUGGCCCUGUGCCAGGUUCACCUUGCAGAUCUUGCUCUUCGCAUCGAAGGUGGAGGUGAGCAGAGUAGUCUUUCAGCGGCACAGAGGAAGCACGUUGUGGAAGCGAGUUCAGUGAUGUCUCGAGUGCGGCCAGAUAUACCGGCAGAGGCCGAGCCCAUCUGCCAAGCGCUUAUCUCCAUGGACUUGCUUCCUUCCCUGGGAAGUUCUACGCCGGAAGGCUUGCCCUUGAGUAUUCGAGUCAGCUCCUCUGCCAUGAUGGAUUCGUCCGCGUCGACGGUGUCGAUCGAGGUAGAUCGACCGGGAGACUUGCUCUUUGACAUCAACUCUGGCAAAGCGCAUCGGUUCCUGCCUACAGCACUGAGAAGACGCUUGCUUUGGUGCUUGGGCCAUACCGUUGUGGUUUUGCCCUGGUAUGAGGUAAGCCGCUGUGAUGACGAGCAGCUCGCGGCGCUUCUGCGUGCAAGACUUGCUGAGGUGUCGCCGCCGCGGCCAUGCUUCAAUCGAGGACCAUCCAAGCUCCAUCCACUUGAAGCGGAAGGAGAGGAAAGCAGCGCGGAAGCAAGUGCAAGUGCCAGCAGCAGCUUCAGUGUUUCUUCACGAAAGUAUCCACCAACACAACAUGCGCCAGUGAGGCCGCCUCCUGGGCUUUGA